CAACAAAGACAAGAUGUCCACCGCUUCGAAAAUCACACUCGGAACUGUGUCUGUACUGACCGCCGGCAUCAUCUACGGCGUGCACUACAUUCAGAAGGCAGAAGAAUACACUAUGUACCAAGGUGUGGUUUACGAUCAAGAGCGCCGACGCAUCAAAGAAGAGCGUAUGGCGGAAUUGAAAAUGCAGCAGGCUUUGCAGAAGGAGUAUGAGGCCGUUCAACCGGUUGAUCGUACCCCGAAGCCAUCUUCUGAAGAGAAGAGAAAUUGAUUUCGUCGGUGCAGAAUUAUUUCAUUGCUCAGGAGUACAUUUCUUUUUGUUUAUGGUUAGGAUUAAAGG